AUGGAGGUGGCGGAUGAUACAAGUUUAGAAACGAUGCGAAAAAAACGAUUAUUUGAGUGGGUGUUGACGCCGCAUCAACAUAUCCAAGGGUCACGAAUUAUGCCGACUAUCACCACAAAUUGGCCGCUCGACCCGAUCAGCGUUCUAACCAUCCACAUACAUAAAUCACUCAUUCUCGCGUCGAAUCCAUCAUCUGCACUGGGUAGCGUCAUCUCUAUACGAAAUCAAAUAGUGAAAGCGUAUGCUCGGGAGGAUAUAAGAUGA